UCAUUUCACCAAAUAAGGGAAAGUAGUCUUGAAAUUGAAGCAGAAAACAAGUGAAUCAGACACAAGUACCGGUAACAAUGAAUUUUACAAAUCAACCAUUGCUUCGAUUUGUUUAAUCUCUCCAAAACACAAAAAUAUGGAGUAGUACUAUUACUUUAUUUCUCCAAUGUUUUUAUAAUUUAGGUAAAUGAUAGUAAUUACUAAGAAAUUUUAGUGUAGAGACGAGUAUAGAAUGUUAAAUUUGUUUUUGUCCGUUCCAGAAAAAAACUCCCAUAGAUUUUGAGUUAAGGUUUAUGCAGCGUGGUUUCUGGGUUUUCUUUCGAGCUGGUUUGGACAAUUUUGGCUGCAUGGAUACUGAAAUCUAACUAAAAGAAUCUCUUGCUUUUGGGGGUUCUCUUAUUUCUCCAGAUUGAGUGAUGCAUUUCAUGCAUAGCUGGGGAUUUAUAGCUUCGUUUGCUUCUGUGAAUAAGGAUACCUGUUGGCGUUAAUUUGGGGUAAUUUUCAUAUUAGAUUGUCUGUAUAGGAAGAGGGGAAAAGGGAGUUUAAUGGUAGCUCAGAAAAUGGGAUCUCAUGGGGGUGGCAGUGGUAACACUGGGUUGAGCCAAGCCCAAAUUCAGAGUCAUGACCCGAACCCGUUGGCUCGACAGGGAUCACUGUAUAGCCUCACUCUUGAUGAGGUGCAGAACCAGUUGGGUGACCUGGGAAAGCCCCUUAGUAGUAUGAAUCUUGAUGAGCUUCUUAAGACUUUGUGGACUGCUGAGGCUAAUAAUCAGGCUGGGGAAGCUGUUGAUGGCGGGCAUAACGUGCAGCUGCCGGGCCAGUUUGUGCCUGGGUUGUCGUUGAAUCAGCAGUCGAACCUUAUGCUGUCGAUGGAUCUUAGUAAGAAGACUGUGGAUGAAGUGUGGCAGGACAUCCAGCAGGGGCAGAAAAGGAGCAGUCUUGAUAGGAAAACCACGCUUGGGGAGAUGACGUUGGAGGAUUUCUUGGUGAAGGCGGGGGUGGUCUCUGAGUCUGCCGGAGGCUCUGUUGGCGAUGGUGGCGGGGCUGAUCUGACGGGGAUGCCUCAGCACACUCAGUGGAUGAAUUUUCAGAUGUCUUCGAUGCAUACUCAGCAGCAGCAGCAGCAGGGCAUGCUGCCUGCUUUCAUGCCUAGUCAUCCAGUUCAACAGCCUAUUACUCUUGGUGGAAAUCCUAUCAUUGAUGCUGGUUAUCCCGAGGCUCAAAUGACUAUGUGCUCAUCCCCUCUUAUGGGUACUUUAUCAGACACACAGACACCUGGGCGUAAAAGGGUCGCUCCUGAUGAUAUAGCUGAGAAAAGCGUUGAGAGGCGGCAAAAGAGGAUGAUCAAAAAUAGGGAAUCUGCGGCCAGAUCACGAGCAAGAAAACAGGCUUACACUCAUGAACUGGAGAACAAGGUUUCACGCCUGGAAGAGGAGAAUGAAAGGCUCAAGAGACUGCAGGAAGUGGAGAAGGCGUUGCCGAGCAUACCACCACCGGAGCCAAAAUACCAGCUGCGUAGAACGAGCUCAGCUCCGGUGUGAGGAUUGUGUAAUAAUUAAAACGUAGUGAAUGUUGUUAGUUGUUUGGAGGGAUGAGUCGCGGGGUAGAUUAGCAGUUGUGAGUUAGUUUCCCAUUGAACCUUCAUGUCUCAUGUACAUUUUUAGUGUUACAAACUGGGCCAACUUUGUUAACUGUGGUAGUAGUUUAUAACAUCAUAAAUCUUUAUCUAAAAA